AACAAAGGAGGGUGGGGGUGGCUAUAGUGGGAAGCUAUGAAAGGGUUGAUCACUUUGUUGGAUCUCAAAAGCACUACUACCAUUUCCAGCAGUCUUCUACACAUGAUUAUUAUUAUCUUUAUCAAUGAUCAUGUCUUCCUAAAUUUCAUCAAAUCUUGAUUCCUAAAACAACACAACACAACCCUUUUUUUUUUUCUCCUCUUCCCCUAUAUUACCCACCAUCUCUCUGCACAAUCCUCUCCUCAACUGCCCUUUUCUCAAUUUGAUCAUCAACUAAAACAUCUGUUUUCUGCUCUUCUUUACCAAUUAAGUCUUUGAGGUUGAUAUCAUGGGGAUGCCUGAAAGCAGUACUGCCAGUAGCCCACCUCACUUGUACCCUCAAACACUUCAACUCAAACUCUACCAAGCUUUCAUUUUCUCAAUCCCAAUACUGUUCUCCAUCAUACUGUUUCUCUUGUUUUACUUGUUCUAUCUCAAGAGAAGGAUUUCCAAUGCCUCACCCACUCUCCCAACAAGAUCAACUAAUCAUCCUUCUCUGCACACUCCCAUGAGUGGAGGAGGUUUAAAAGGGGUGAUCCAGAAGGUCAAGCUUCCAGUAAUAGUGUUUGGUGAAGAUUCUGCUAUGAAGGAAUCGCAGUGUUGUUGUUGCAUUUGCUUGGGAGAAUUCGAGGAGAAAGAGGAGUUGCACCAGCUUCCACCAUGCACGCACAUAUUUCACACUCAGUGUAUAACCCACUGGCUGCGUUCAAACUCCACUUGCCCAAUGUGCAGAAGCCCCGUCGUGGUCGUCACGACGGCGCCCAACUACCCGCCGCCGGCUUCCCCUCCGGCGGCAUCCAGUAUUCCCGACAUCAGCAACGACCAGAAUAAUGCCACACGACAUCCUCGUACCAACGACGACGACCAAAACGAGGAACAUAGAACGACGGACGACGGAUUGUUGUGUAGAUCCGAUUGUGGCAGCAGAGAAGAGGAAGUGGUGAUCACCAUUAAUCUGCAGGGCUCAUCAUCAUCAUCAUCAUCAUCAAACAGCUUGUAACUAGCUAGUAGAACUUAGAUAGAUAGUGCUUCCAACAAGAAAGAGAAAGUCAAACCAAAC